AUGGACGUCUAUCGUGCUGGGCAGCAGCACGGCAACAAGCUGUUGAUCCUGCUGAUCUGCAGCUUCUCGGCCAUCGUAUACUGGACGUGUCUUCACAGACUUGGAAUUGACCCACACGAUCAGAAGCACAUCGGGCUAGAAGAAAAUCCUCAAUCCCAUGAAUCGCCCCACGACACCCUCGGCUUCGAUGAAAAUCAACUUCGACACGCCGAAGACGACGAUCUGGAUCUGCGACGGCAGCAGAAAAUUGGUGCCAGCCCGCCCGUCUGCAACACCAAAGGAUGUCAGACGGCUGCUCAGACAUUCAAAAGCAUCAUCCUCCCUUCGAGCAACCCGUGCAACGACUUCUUCGACUUUGCAUGCGGGAAAUGGGUUCAGGACAAUCCGUUGAAGCCGGGCGAUAUGAUGACCGGCACGCCGUUGGGCCUCGAAGCUCUGCUGCACACAAAGAUAAAAGAAUUCCUCGUCGCCGUCCCCCACAAUGCCUCGGCCACCCACGCGGAUCGUAUCGUGCACAAGGUCUACAACAUGUGCAUCGAGACUCAACAUGGAGGAGUCCAACAGUUCCGCGAGCUUGUGACGCAGCUGGGCGGGCCCCCAUUCACCGCCUCAUCUCGGCCAUCCUACGCAGAAAUCAUUCGGCUGACGGGCGGUGAUGUGUUCCCCUUCUUCCAGCCGAUGCGCUAUUUCGACGGCGAACUCCUUGGAAUCGUGCUCGCCCCGAUCGCCCAACUCUUCCCCGAGCACGUGCCAAAACGACGGAGCUUGGUCAAGAAGCUAUCUCUGCAAUUGGCCGCCGACUUCGGGUCGACAUUGUCUGAAAGCCGGCUCGAAAAGGGCCUCAACGGCUACAUGAACCUGCUCACCAAGCUUGAAGCUGCUCGCCCCGGCGACAACGCGCAACGCUUCUUCAACGACAUUGGAGAAUUGUCGGCGCGAUUCCCGAAUUUACACCUCAAAACACAGCUCGAUGCCCAUCUCCAGCAUUUCGGCACCAACUUCUCGGUCAUAGUCCAACGGGCAUCGUAUUUUGAAAAGCUGACCCGAAUCGUCUACGAUCAGCCAGAAGAAGUGCUCGAGGCGCUCGUCAUCGAGCUGUUCAUCUCCCGAUUUGGCGAGCUCGGCAAUUCAUAUCACGCUCUUUGGCAGGAAUCAAAAACCACUGGUCAGGACGUUGAGAAAGAGUGCAUCAAGAAGGUGAUCGAAUAUCAUCCUCGAUGGGUGGAUUCGAUGUCGCUGAACAGUGUAUACGAUCGCGAGGAUCUGAAGAGUAUUGUGGAGCUGGGGCUAAAAGUCCGCGAGGCUUUCGUCGAGAUCGUCAAGGAAAAUCCUUGGGCUGACGGUGGAACACAGGAAAAUGUUAUUGAAAAGGUGAAAAACAUGACGAUGCACGUGGGCGACACGUUCGAGACCUGGACCAUGGGCAAUGUCGACGCUUUCUACAAGGAGUACACACCUGCCAACGUUUCCAAUUGGUUCGAUUACAAGAAAGCCGUGAAAACGUUCCGCCCAUCGCCAACGCUUGCCAAGAAUGCGUUCCGGGAUACGCAGGCCGUCGUCAACGCGUUCAACGCCGGCAGCUACAUUCAAAUCAUGUGGGGAAUCCUGGCAAAACCGCUGUACCAUCACGACGCGGCGCUGGAACUGCUCUACGGGGCCAUGGGAUUCAUCAUUGGACACGAGCUGACGCACACAUUUGAUGCGGAUUCCAUCGAGUCGGCUGGACCGCACCAAAUCCUGAUCGGCGCCGAAGACAGGCAACAAUUCGGUGCCCAGUUGGCGUGCAUCGAGGAACAAUACGGAAACGCCACGCUACCGCUCAAUUCUAUCAAUGGGACCUUUUCGCAAUCCGGCGAGCUGACCAAUGGCGAGGCCAUCUCUGACAACAUGGGGCUACGCACGGCUUUUCGGGGAUACCGGAACGAGCGCAAGCGCCUCUACGGCGACCAAAGCUCUCAAUUGCCCGGCCUGCAACAAUACACGCCUGAUCAGCUCUUCUUCGUCGGCGCCAGUUUGUUCUUUUGCGGCGAAGAAAGCGAUGCCCGGCUGAUUUCGCUGCUCACCAACGAGCACCCGCCGAUGAGAACCCGUCUCAAUGAGAUGAUGAAAAACUCGCAGGAAUUUGCGAUGACCUACAAAUGCCCGCUCGGCUCUCCGAUGAACCCGGCGAAGAAAUGUCGCAUGCCGAUCGGCCAGCGCUGCAUCGUCUUCGUGCAUCUACUCGAAGCGCUUCGCCAAAAGCCCAUUUUUGUACACGUGCUGUAUUUUUGUAUUGAUGAGAAUAAAGAAGGCGAGAGCGUCUUU